AUGUCUCUCAAAUACACCAACAAGCUUGAUGGCCAGCGCGUCCUCGUGAUUGGCGGCUCAACGGGUAUUGGCUUCGCCAUCGCCGAAGCAGUCCUCGAACACGGCGCAAAUGUCAUUAUCAGCAGCUCCAACCAAUUCAAAAUCGAUGCUGCUCUCAAGCGACUCGAAAAUCAUAUUCAAAACACUCACCUACCAAUUAGGAAGACCUCUGGCAAAGUCUGCAACCUCGCCGAACCGGAAACAAUCGAGGCCAACGUCAAAGAGCUACUUGAAUCUGCUUCUCAAGACGGAAAACUCGACCAUGUCGUCUUCACGGCUGGAGACUUUAAUCCUCCACCGAGUCUCGACUCAGCGACUGUCAGUGUCAUCUCAAAAAUUAGCAUGGUUCGUGUCAUGGGCGCUGUGUUCGUCGCAAAGCACCUCUCGAAUUACAUCAAUCUAUCAAACAGCAGCUCGUUCACCAUCACGGGUACAACCACUGACUCUCGUCCCGCUGGAGCGGGUUGGUCGCUUCUAAAAGCAGCAGCAGGUGGGAUUGAGCCGAUGACACGUGCUUUGUGCAUCGAUCUAAAGCCGGUUCGUGUUAAUUGUGUCACGCCGGGUUUUGUGCAUACUGCGCUGUUCGAUGGGUUUCCGCAAGACGUUAGGGAUGUUAUUUUUCCUGCUAUGGAGAAGGACUCUGUUGUGGGUAGGCUUGGGACUGUGGAGGAGUUGGCGGAGGCUUAUGUUUAUUUGAUGAAGUGUACUUUUGCUACUGGGUCGAUUGUUGUCGUAGAUGGAGGUAGGAUCGUUGGAGACAGCAAGAGUCAGUGA